AUGGAGAAAGCUGAAGUCUUCGAUGUUGAUAUCUUUGAGGUCCCCGGGAAGACCACCGACAUACUUGCUGGAGACUGGUUUUACCAGCUCGAAGAAAGUAUACGUCGGAAUGCGUACGCUCUCGUGAGAGAGAUUGGUGACUACUUCGUGCCCGCCGUUAUCAAGCAAGUCAUCAAGAGGUACUUGGUCGAGUCCCUGCCGCAGAGCAUCGUCUCGCCAAUGGAGGUAACCAUGAUGGGGCGUCGGCGGAAAGCAUUGUUUGCGCUAUUCUGUGCUCGAAUAUGGACAUGGAGAUUCCUGUAG